UCCUUUGCCUUUCACUCUGCUUUGACUUUGACUGGUGAAGCCACUACGAAGAAAAGUCGCACCUUCUUCCCCCUUUCUUUCUCUUGUAGUUUUUACCCUCUGCUUCCCUCCUCAUAAAACCCCCCCAUUUCCUUCUUCCAUUCUUAGCAUCUCAAUUUCACCCUCCUAUCAAGGCCUUCUCGAUUUCUCUCUUCUCACUUCCACUAUUUUCAAUCAUUCGACCUGUUUCUUCCUUCAAUUUACUUCCAGGAGCUGGAUAUGUGCAGUGGCUCUAAGAAUAAAGUUGCUUCCACGAAUUCCGCCAUGGAAGCUAGGUUUCUGAAGCUUAGCGAUGGGGGUUUAUUUUCUGAAAAUUCGAUCUUGCUUGAACUUUCAGCCUCUGAUGAUGUAGAAGGGUUCAAGAGAGAGGUUGAAGAAAAGGAUUUGGAUGUUGAUGAGCCGAGCUGCUGGUAUGGAAGAGGAAUUGGGUCAAAGAAGAUGGGCUUUGAAGAAAGAACUCCGUUGAUGAUUGCUGCCAUGUUUGGAAGCUCCAAGGUUGUCAAGUACUUAAUUGAAACAGGCAAGGUUGAUGUCAACAGGGCCUGUGGUUCAGAUUUGACCACUGCCCUUCACUGUGCUACUGCUGGUGGCUCUUGUUCUUCCCUUGAGACCAUCAAGCUCUUGCUCGACGGAUCUGCUGAUGUCGAUUGCGUCGACGCCUACGGGAGAAAACCUGUCGAUUUGAUUGUUUCAGCUUGCAGGAUGGUGUUGAAUACGGGAAGAAAAGCUAUGGAGAUGUUGUUGAGAGGAGAUGGUAUGGCUGGGGAAGCUGAUCUGAGCCUUUACCUUGGAGAAGACCAGCAGAAGAUCACAGCUUCCCAAUUCUCAAAAGAAGGAAGUGACAAGAAAGAGUAUCCAGUUGAUGUAUCGCUGCCCGACAUCAACAGUGGGAUCUACGGUACCGAUGAUUUCAGGAUGUAUACUUUCAAAGUGAAGCCUUGUUCGAGGGCGUAUUCGCACGAUUGGACCGAGUGCCCUUUCGUUCAUCCCGGUGAGAACGCUAGGCGUAGAGACCCCAGGAAGUACCCAUAUAGUUGCGUUCCAUGCCCUGAAUUCCGCAAGGGGGCUUGUCCAAAGGCAGAUUCCUGUGAGUAUGCACAUGGUGUUUUUGAGUCUUGGCUCCACCCUGCUCAAUACCGAACCCGGCUCUGUAAGGAUGAGACUGGCUGCACAAGGAAAGUCUGCUUCUUUGCUCACAAACCUGAUGAGUUGCGCCCAGUAUAUGCAUCAACAGGCUCAGGCAUGCCUUCACCCCGAUCUCUUUCGAGCAGCACUGGAGAUAUGUCUACCAUGAGCCCAUUGGCUCUUGGUUCGUCCUCGUUGUCGUUGCCAACAACCUCAACACCUCCCAUGUCUCCCUUAGCAUCAGUGUCUUCCCCUAAAAAUGGAAACUUGUGGCAGAACAAGAUUAACCUUACCCCUCCUGCUCUACAGCUCCCUGGUAGUCGGUUAAAGACUACCUUGAGUGCAAGAGAUUUGGAUUUAGAGAUGGAAUUGCUCGGAUUAGAAAAGAACGCAAGCCAGUUACAACAUCAACAACAGUUGAUCGACGAGAUUAGCCGGCUCUCGUCUCCUUCUUACUGGAAUGCAGAUGUAAGCAGGAGUGCAGAGAUGAAGCCAUCGAACCUGGAUGACAUGUUUGGAUCAUUAGAUUCUUCCUUAUUGUCUCAGUUGCAAGGCGCCUCACUAAAAACACCGAUCUCAGCUCAAGUUCAAUCCCCGACUGGGCUGCAGAUGCGCCAAAACAUGAACCAACUUCGUGCAAGUUACCCAGCUAAUAACCUAUCAUCCUCACCUGUAAAGAAACCCUCCUCUUUUGGCUUUGACUCAUCAAGUGCAGUGGCAGCUGCAGUGAUGAACUCAAGGUCUGCUGCCUUUUCAAAACGAAGCCAGAGUUUCAUUGAUCGAGCUGCAGUGUCCCGUCUUCCUGGGUUCACCGGAGCUGCAAAUUCUGCAGCUACUAUGUCUUCCCAUCUCUCAGAUUGGAACUCCCCUGAUGGCAAACUAGACUGGGGAAUGAAUGGCAACGAUCUCAACAAACUCAAGAAAUCUGCUUCCUUCGGUUUCCGAAACAACGGCAUAGGAACUCCCACGUUCGCUCCACCAGUAGAGGAACCUGAUGUCUCUUGGGUUAACUCUUUGGUCAAAGAUGUUCCCUCCGAAAGCUUUGGACUGUUUGGUGCCGAGAAGCGUCCAUACAACCUCAAAAGGGAAAUCAAUGAGAUGCUCCCAUCCUGGAUGGAGCAGCAGUUGUAUGCGGAGCAGGAGCAGAUAGUGGCAUAAGCAGCACUCCCAAAAAUCCCCUUCAUUAUGCUAACAAAAUCUAAGUUCUUUACAUUUCAUUCAAUAUUUGAUUACAGAAACUAAAGUUUAAAGGUAGUAGUAAAAAGAGAAUUGUUCUAGAGUCAAUUCUAGUUCAAAAAAUCGCCCUGAAGUUUCGCUAUGGGAUCGAUCGAUGAUCAUCGGACAGAGCAGUAACAGUCUAAUGAUCAGAUCAGUAAGAUAUCUUUGUAUUCUUUUCAUUGUAUUAUAUUAUAUUUGUUAAUUUUUUUCUCCAAUUUGGGGCUGAUAUAAAAUGAGUAUGUAUUCUCUAGUACAAUAAUAAUAAAGAUAAUGUUUCUAAUA